CCUCCCUCUCCGCAGCUCCCAGCGGCUUCUCUGACAGGGAUGGUGGAGUUUCUCCUUCACGACCCAGAGCGUUGUGAAGAAGCGAGUAACCUGCGAAGUUAUAAUAAGAGAAUAACAGAAAAAGGCGGUCAGGGUGGCGUCAGAAUGGGGACAUCUUUAGAGGUUGCACCUGGAUUGUAAUGACUUCCUGCGGCAGAGCCUAAUGGAGAAGAAGCGCUUCCGUCGUCUUGACCCACUAGUCAACACACCAGCCUUCCGGGCCUAACUCGACCCUCGCCUCGGGCCUCUCGGAGUCGUACGGCAGCUCAGCACCGCUCCUGACACGCGGCAGUCCCUAGUGGAGCCUUCUUCCCUCCGUCCAGGUUCAAAUCUCCCCGUGUUUGGGUUGCUCUAGUACUAGGCGACCCCAGGACCCUGUGAUUGGCGCCCGCGUCUGCUGAUGCCGACGAGGUCCCCAUAGGAACUUGGGCAUUGCUUGGGCUUGGUGCCUGUCCUUCGUGCUCCUUUCGGUGAAGUUAGGGGAGAGGACGAUUUUUGUUGUCACUUGGGCAAGGAUCUUGCAUUAGUCUUUAUGUCCUGUCAUGAUACCUGGCAUUCCAUAAAUGUUUGUUGAAUCUGAAGAGACAUGUGGGCAAUGAAUCUGGAGAGGGCGAACAUCCUUGGUCCUACGGUGUUGCUAACACUGACAUUCUUCUAAGUGAACCGCCUACUUUUUAUGUGAAUAACUGGCUAGAAUUCAUAUUUCUCACUACAGAAGCCUAUAAUCUGCAGUUGCUAGAGAUUUUAAAACACUUCUUUUAGGAUAUCAUCUACAUUUAAUUUGAAAGCUCUCCCUUUCUUAUCCUAAAAUGUUGAGAUAUUGGGGAGAGAUACCAAUCUCAUCAAGCCAGACCAACAGAAGUUCCUUCGACUUGCUCCCUCGGGAGUUCCGACUGGUAGAAGUCCAUGACCCACCCCUGCACCAGCCCUCCGCCAACAAGCCCAAGCCCCCCACUAUGCUGGACAUCCCCUCAGAGCCAUGCAGCCUCACCAUCCACACCAUUCAGCUGAUCCAGCACAACCGACGCCUGCGCAACCUCAUUGCCGCAGCGCAGGCCCAGAAUCAGCAGCAGACAGAAGGGGUAAAGACUGAAGAAGGUGAACCUCUUCCAUCCUGCCCUGGGUCACCUCCUCUUCCUGAUGACCUCCUGCCUUUAGACUGUAAGAAUCCCAACGCACCAUUCCAGAUCCGGCACAGUGACCCAGAGAGUGACUUUUACCGCGGGAAAGGGGAACCUGUGACUGAACUCAGCUGGCACUCCUGCCGGCAGCUCCUCUACCAGGCAGUGGCCACAAUCCUGGCCCACGCGGGCUUUGAGUGUGCAAAUGAAAGUGUCCUGGAGACCCUAACUGACGUGGCACACGAGUACUGCCUUAAGUUCACCAAGUUGCUGCGCUUUGCUGUGGAUCAGGAGGCCCGGCUGGGGCAGACUCCCUUCCCUGACGUUAUGGAGCAGGUGUUCCAUGAAGUGGGCAUUGGCAGUGUGCUCUCCCUCCAAAAGUUCUGGCAGCACCGCAUCAAGGACUAUCACAGUUACAUGCUGCAGAUUAGUAAGCAGCUCUCUGAAGAGUAUGAAAGGAUUGUCAAUCCUGAGAAGGCCACAGAGGACACUAAACCUGUAAAGAUCAAGGAGGAACCUGUGAGCGACAUCACCUUCCCUGUCAGUGAGGAACUGGAGGCUGACCUUGCUUCUGGAGACCAGUCACUGCCCAUGGGAGUCCUCAGGGCUCAGAGUGAGCGCUUCCCAUCUAACCUGGAGGUCGAGGCUUCGCCACAGGCUUCAAGUGCAGAGGCAAAUGCUUCCCUUUUUUGGAACCUGGCCCAUGUGAAAAUGGAGCCUCAGGAGAGUGAAGAAGGCAAUGUCUCCGGGCACGGCGUGCUGGGCAGCGACGUGUUUGAGGAGCCAAUGUCAGGCAUGAGUGAAGCUGGGAUCCCCCAGAGCCCCGAUGACUCAGACAGCAGCUAUGGCUCCCACUCCACUGACAGCUUCAUGGGGUCCUCCCCUGUUUUCAACCAGCGCUGCAAGAAGAGGAUGAGGAAGAUAUAAAAGGCAAAGAGGGAGAUUUUCUGCCCAGACCUACAAGACCCAACAGCAGACCGUGAUACAUUUGGUUUCCAUAAACAUCGAUUUGACUCUUCUUAAACACGGUGGAUUUUCCUGAUUUCAGUGGAACUGGAUUUAAACCAAAUAAGUUUGCAUUUUCCUUUUGCAUUCGGUUUUAUAGUUUUCUACAACAACCAAGCCACCUUUCACAAACAUGAUGACGCUGGGGUAGUAAUCGAGACAAAUCACUGUCCCUGACUGUUGUCUUUACUGUGUGACAAGUGACCUAACUUCUCUAGAGCCAUUUCUCUUGCACAACUGAGAAUCCUACUGCGUUGACCGACCUUGCAGGGACGUUAUGAAGAUGGAAAUGGUAUUAAGCCUCAAAGCUGUGCUUGAACAGACGCACAAGUAAAUACAUGCUGAUGUCAAUUUUUUCUUUUAACUUGCCUCACUUUUGGUUCAGGUCGUUGGGAAUCCAGUGCUAAUGCCUAAUAGGAAAUAGCUAAACACUGCACAACUCACCUUUUUCCCCAAACUUUUUGUCAUCCAUGAAGUCUCCUAAAAAAUCAGAGGGGUCUGUGGCAAACAGCCUUUUUGCUUAUUCAGAUAGCACCUCUCCUAUCUCGGCCACAUACUCUUUCUCUAGACUUGUGCCAUGGAUCCCCAUUUUUUGUCUUUACUUUCUGAUUUCCACUCAGAUUUUUUUUUUUCACUAUGUACAUUUUUUAGUUGCUUCUUUCGUUUUCUCCUUUGUAAAUGAAGCAAACAGGACCUGUCCAAGGACAGGGUUGUGCCAUUUUGUUUGUUGCAUCGGCUUGGCCAUCAGAGGACAGUGGUCUGUUCCUUUGCCAGAACUCUGUAUCUGCACGUUGUGCUUCUACUGGAUGGACAGCCUCUAAAAGGAUGACAAGAUGCACCUUUCUACUUUACAGCAUGUCCUGAACAACUUUACUGCUAUUACUCACCCGUCAUGGUAUCUGCCCUGGUUGGCACCUGACAGUCUCAAUCAGUAUUUAUUAAAUGAUGUGGCACUGG